CUUAUUGAGCCUUUGGGAGAACCGGGAAAGUGGUCUACGUGAUCAGAUGUAUUUUUGAUAACCACGUUUCAAUGAAAAAAAUCGAACGAAAAUGGCGAAUGAAUCAGAGGGCAAAAAGCGAAUUUCGCCGUUGCUCGAGUAUGGCAUCACUAAAGCUGUCCUACACUGUUUGCCUAACAUUCUAGAACUUAAUAAAGCCGCCACUGUAUGCAAAUCGUGGAAUGAAACGGCGAAAAUCAUUAAGAAGAACAGAAAUCAAAUAUACUCCACAUCAAAUAUAGAUUCGUACGAAGACUACUCUGGUGUACAAGAGCUUUUGUCUUGUAUGAGGAGUCAGCCCUGUAUUUGCCUUGUGUUUCUGACUCAUGCAGGGUUGGCUGAAAUACCUCCACCACUUCCCGAACUGAAAUUAGAUGGUCACAAUGGGGCACACUUUGGCCGAUGUACAGAAUAUAGACUGUUGCAUUACCUCAGAAGAAGCAUGCCUUUAGACUGUGCCAUUGUUGGAGGUAUAGCAAACGGAGUCGUCACAUCCACACCUUCUCUUCUGACACACGAAGUAGAAGAAGGAGAUGGUUACGGAUUGUUAUUCAUCCCUGAGAUACCAAAUUUUUCUAUAAGAAAUUUUCAUCUUGAUAGACAGAAGAUGAAAAAUGUUGGCAAGGCAAUAACUAGUCAAACAGAGGAAGUUGGGCGGCUGUUAAAUAUCAAGGAUGAUGAUCAAGUCCAGUGUCUUAUGUUACUGGGUACUGAUGCGUAUAAAGAAUCCAAGUGUAUUGAAGCCCUCUGUCGAUAUUUUCAAGACAAGCGAAACCAGAACAUAGCCAUUGGAGGUGGAUUUGUGGAAGCAGCUAUCCAUCCGGAUGUGGUGGAUGGCGAUCGCGAGUAUGGCAUCACAGGGCUAGUUUUCUGCGGCCCGAGAGUUAAGGCCAACUCAGUUAUCGUUCCACCUGAUGCUACCACCGAUUCCGAUAUUGAACGAAUACUUCUUCAGUUAAAGGAAAAACAUUUCGGCUCCUUUUCUGGCGAGAAGAUGAAAAGCAUUGGCUUCAUGGUCGCUUGCGUUGCCAGAGGUACUCAUCUCCACGGUCGGUCUGGUGUCGAAUCAGCAAUCUUCCACAAACAUUUCCCUGCCACGCCAUUGCUGGGCUUUUUCGGCAAUGGUGAAAUUGGCAUCAAUUGCCUAGGCCCAGCUUCACCAACGACAACUCCCCAGUCAUUCCAAUCCAACCUGCCUAGUGCUCCCAAAAAAUCACGAAUCACAUAUCUCCACUCUUAUGCCACCACAUUCACCUUGAUCUCCUUCCCUGUCGAAUAACAUCUACGAGUGACUGAUUCCAGCAGCACCAGGACGUCGAGACUGCAGGCAGAUUGAAUCAGGAGAUGUCCCCGUGUGCUGCUGGAUGAUGCCGGAUUCAGCACGUCUAGGCUGAAUAGUUCCACGAUCGCAAGUUCCAAUCGAAAAUAGAUAGAAGAAUAUUUUAAGAAAAGAAUCCAUCGUUGAAAGCAAACGAAAUCAUGAGGGAAUAUCACGUUUUAAGCGCCAUGGUGACUGAAGCUCCGCGUAACCUGGGCCGGCGCAUUUCACGUCGUCUCAGCAUGUCAGUGGCCAAGGUUCCAACGUUCAUCCAGUCGAAAUUCCGUACGGAUGUGGAUGUCGCCGAUUUCAGCGCCAGCGGAGGAAGCGCGGCCGGCGGAGGUGUCGCCAAUAAUAACGGGCAAUGGUGGCCCCAGCAAUUGAGGCGCUCCCGGCCCGUCACCCUUCACAUCAUUCUGCCCAACGGAAUCGAACGCACGAUCACGUAUGCCGGAAAGUGCACCGUCAGGCAGGCGGUCCAAUCGGUGGCGCUCGAGCUGCACAUCUGUGAAUUCCGGCUGCGCAUGAGCGACACCCUGGCCAUCGUUUCGCCCGCCGCUGAGGUCUCCCUCUUGGACGGCGAUACCGUCCUGUUGGAGGACGCCACCCGAGUCCGCGACGAACGUGGAGAAACGGAUGCGCGGUUUCGGCUGACCGAGGAUCUGCUCGACGCCGAGCGCGAAUUCCUCGUCAGCCUGAGGACCAUCUACGACAUCUAUGCCCGGCCUUUGAGGAAGCUCUGCUCCAUUAGCGACGAAGAGCAGAAACAGCUCUUUGGCGGCGUCGAGCCCGUCCUCUCCGUCAGCAACAUGCUUCUCACCAAGCUGGAAGACGCCCUUGCUGCGUGGGACCCGCACGAGACCAAAAUCGGUUCGCUGUUUUCCAAACAAUUCUGGAACCAGUUCGACGACUACUUCCGUUUCUUCACGCACGCCAAGGAAUUACUAAGGGAGAAACAGUGUCGCGACGAGGAAUUCAUCGAGAUCUGCAAACUGAGGCAAGGAGCUGCUUUGCACACCAUCGAUUCGCUGCUCGACCUACCGAUUCAGCGGUUGGCCAGUUAUGAGCGCUACUUUCAGGAUUUGCUGUGCGAGACGGCCGCCGAUCAUCCCGACCUUGACGACGUUCACAAAGCACGCGAUAAAGCUCAAGAGUUGGUGAAACGCUGCGAGGAAGAGAUCAAUCAGCUGGACCGAGUGCAGAACCUGUUCCCCAACGACCAGCUCUAUCUCCACGACAAGGAUGCUCUCAGUCUGAAGAUGAAAGGUCUGAUCCGGAAGCGGUCGACAACGGCCGCUCGGCUUCAACGGGCCUUUUCGGCCAAGAGCCUACGCACCGCCGCCAAUCCGGCGGUGAGCGUCACACCGUCCGGCUCCAACGGCAGCCCAGGCGGCAUCGAAAUGGGAGCCGAUAGCCCCGCCGUCCAUCCGUCGCCGUCGCUAGCGACCACGCCCAACGCCAAUCAUAAAACUCCCGUCGAAAAGGAGAAGAGGCAGUUUAUUAUGGAAACGUCUGUUCAAUUCAUUAACGGAUUGCAGAGUCGCGAUCGGCACUUGUUUCUCUUCAACGAUUUGCUGCUGAUCGCCAAAGCGCGUUCUGGCGGCCACUUUAAAUUGAAGGACAAAGUGCGCAUCUCGGAACUUUGGCUGUCUACCGGAAUCGAAGAAGUGGCCGAGGGUUCUGCCGGCAAGUCGCGCGACACUUCCUUCGUCAUCGGAUGGCCGCCGUCCGUCAACCUGGUCGCCACUUUCAGUUCUGCGGCAUUGCGCGAUCUGUGGUGGAACCGACUGGGCCAAGCCGUCAAAGACGAACGGGAUAAAGAGCCUAAAACUACGACUAUCCAGAUCACCUACCACGACGCCGUCCAGGCCAUCGGAUAUACCAAGACAUUGUCAGUGAGUCCGACGGAGACGGUGCGCGACGUCAUCAAGCUGGCGCUGUCGCAUCUGGAGAUGUCCGGCACGGCCGACAUCAACUCGUUCCGUCUGUGGCUGAAAACUGGCGCCGCAUCGACAUCGACGUCGGCCAUCGACAGCGACUCGUCGCCUUAUCCGCUCAUCGGUCACGAACUGCCGUUCGCUAUCAAAAUGAACUGCCUGCGCGAGUACAUCGGCCGCUCGGCCGUCGACAAUGACAACAGCAUGCACAUGGAGAGCAACGGCAACGGACUGAGUAUGCCAAUCGACAUGCUCGAUCAUUGCAACAACAUCUACAACGCAGAUCCGGCCGCUCGCUGCCAAUUUAUCCUCAGGAGUGUGCAGAAACCCAGUUUUAAUGGCAGCGUGCUGGGCAACGCGAAGCAAGUGGUGGCGACCAAGACGAAUGGCGCCGGCGGCGCUGGCAAGGCCAAGAAAUCGCCGACGAGGAUACAGAAGGUGUUUCGCAGGGUGCAGAGCAAACCGGAUUCGCUGGAGACGAUUGGCGCCGCCAAUCCGACGUCGCCCACUUUAUUGGCUGCUGCCAAAGCUGGCGCUUUCUUUGGCCAGCCGCUGGCGAAAAUUUUUGCGCAGGCCGACCAGUUGCCUCAACCAAUUAUGGACAUGCUGCUGGAACUAAGAGCCAAAGGUCCGCACACGGUCGGCAUUUUCCGCAAGUCGGCCAAUGCUCGACAGGUCCGUGAGAUCCGCGAGCGCAUCGACGCCAACGGAACCCGCAUGGACUGGAAUAACGUCAACGCCGUCGUCACGGCCGUCGUCUUCAAGGAUUUCCUCCGUUCGUUGCCCGACAGUCUUCUCUGUUCCGGCAUGUACGACCAGUGGCUCCAGGUGGCCGCCAUGGACGGCCAAGAUUCGGCCCUCGAUAAAAUUAAAGGGUUGUGCGAUCGGCUGCCCAGUGCCAACGUGACGCUGUUGCGCCAUUUUCUGUGCGUGCUCCUGCACAUAGUGGCCAAUUCUUCCCACAAUAUGAUGUCAGCCUCGAAUUUGGCCGUCUGCGUCGGGCCGAGCUUGCUCUGGGCGCCAGUUUCCACUUCCAACGCAUCCGCCGCAGCCCUGAACCCAGCUCUAGCUCUGAGCGCCGAAGCCACAGCUUCGAAACAAGUGCCCGCCCUUGUGGCCGUUCUCAUUGACAAGUGCACGCUCCUCUUUGGCGCCGAGACGGCCAAUUUGUUGAAUGACAAACCACCAGUAGCCACAUCCGCAGCGGAAGCGCAGAACAGUAGAAGAGUGAGCUGUAACACGAAUGGCGUGACGACCAACGGUCACAGCCGGAGUCGCCAAGCUCCCGUACAAAAACACAUGGCCAGACAAGGAUUGAUGCAGCACGAUUCUGGCAAUGAAGAAUCCGACAGCUUGCAUAGCCUCUACCACUCGGAUGUGAUGCGCCGAGAUGAUUCGUCCAUCGACAGUUUGGAACGAGAACUUUUGGGCGAUGGAUUGGAACACGAUCACCACGUCCACUCGAUCCAUAUGAGACGCGACAAGAUGUCCGUCACGAACUUGUCGCGCGAUUCCGGAUUGACGCUGUCCGAUACGCAGCUUUACACUCCGGAUGAAGACAUGGAAGAAGGCAGUGAAUCUUCGUCUUCGGGACGAGGAUCCGACCGCGACAAAUCGAGAAACGCCGUCCAGAUGCGAUCGCGGUCCACCACUGCGUCCGCCACCAUCGUGUCCAGUCGCAUGGAUCAAACGCGCUCCUUGUACGCCGUACCGUCCAUCCGCAACGGAGACAAGAAUGGCAUCCAAAACGGAUCUAUCCGUCUCCUGGAUAGCUACGGAAAACUCAACGGCGGGCCGUCUAGCUAUACCCCCGUCUACGACCAUUCGCGUCCGGAUGCUGUUUACCGUAAGCUCUCGGACGAUGUUGUCUACGCCGUCCCCAAGGCGACUCCGACCGUCGUCCUGGGCGAAGAAUACCAGUCGGGUGGGUCGCACUUCCAGCGACAGGACUGGUUCAGGCGCAAAUCGCACAACCGCAAGCAAUCUGGCGGAGUCAAAUUCGAUUCGCCGCCCCUUUCGGGCAUGAUGCUUCGCCGUAGCGCGUCGGAUGAGAGCCUGGCUAAUGGCAAUCAAUCGCAAGAUAUCCAUUAUCAUCAGAACUACAAGAAACCGGCCGCACACCGCAAAGGACGGGCUCCUGCUCCGCCCGUCGGCAGCCGAAUGGCCAUGGAUUGCAUGGAACUGUCGCGUCGAUCGAAAUCCGACGCCAAUCUCGAUCUUGAUGGAUUGCGUUUCUACGUCGACGAACCGGAUCGCCGUGCCAACGGGCAUAAAAGUCCGUCUCGCUCCGGCGGAUCGAUCCGACCGAGUCAUUCAACACCGCACAUAACGGCCGAGGAGCAGGCCUCGACGGCCGACCGUUCAUACGAUUCCAGUACCCUCAGCGACGACGAUUCGACUCCGCACGUCAGCCGUUCCAACUCGCGCGGAUCCAAGGACUAUCGGGCGGUCAAUUCCGCCUGGGAAUCCACUUACGGAGCUCUAACUGUUCCAGUUCCUGCUCCUAUUCACAUCAUCGUGUCGCAAGACGGCAUGGGAUCGAUUGUGUACCCUAGCAACGGAACGCCGUCCACCAAACAUUCCAGCCGGAUGAGCAGUGCAAGCACCAACAGCUCGAGCAGGAUGACGACGACCUCUACUCCGCACCACGAGCACAGAUCGAGGCAAGCGGAACGCCGGCCCGUCGUCAGUUGCGUGCCCGCAUCCGGCGGCGGCGGCGGCGGCGGCGGCGGCUCUUCGUCUCGUUCUUCUCACUACGCCGCCACUCCGCCGAGCGGAUCGAGCAGGUACGCCGAUUACGACACGGUCAUUUACGCCAGCAACGGCGGACGUCGUUCGCGCGAGCAGCGCUCCGAGGACACCAGUCUCUAUUCGGUCCAUUCCAACGGCAGCGGGUCGCUGAGUGGCACUCCGGAUAUACCCAGCUACGAGGAAGCCAUGAUGAGCAGGCGCCAAAGACAUCAGGGCACGCCGCAGACGGGCGGUACAAACUGGACGACGUGGAAGGAGAAAUCCAACCACAACAACAGCCUAAUUCAAGUGCGCGCCUCGCCGAUUCGCCUCAACGGCCAGCAGACGGAAGAAUCCGGGUGGGACUCUGAAGGACUGACGCCACCGCCUCUACCGCCCAAAAGCGAUCCGAUCCCGCCGCUUCCGCCCAAGCAAAAGAUCCAUUUGCGUUCGCACCCGGUGCGGAUGCGAGUCAACAACUCGGCGCAGUCGCCUUCAACGAACCGAACUCGGCCUGUAACGAUCCAUAUGGACGCUUCCAUUCUGUCCAGUUUGGACGGAAGUGGAACUUCGAGUCCGACUCAGCCUCCGUCGCUUCCGCGCAAGGAGCGACGCGGCAACAAUGUGAGCGUCGUCUCGAUUGAGAACAGCUACACUCCGCUCCACCGCUCUUUCGCCUUUUCCACCCACAACCUCCGCACGGCCAUGGAGAACGCCGGACGGGAAGAGUGGACCACAGCCAAAGACGACGACCAGGAAGAUUUGAGCGACCAGGAGAGAAGGGACCAGGAAAUUCAGACGUCUGGACACUGGGCCCAGUUUUGCGAGAUUGAGACGCAGACUUCGCUCUCACCGCAACCCAGUCUGACUCCGUCUGCCUCUUCGGCCGACGAAGCUCCUCCUCCGCCGAAACUGACGGUCGGCCGCUACGAGAAAAACACUCGAGGCGUCAACAGGAGACGCGAAGUGGCCGUCGAGACGGAACGCAGCCGUCCGCGAACGAAGGACUCGUCCACCGGGAGAGAUGGAUUGGGGCUUCACCGAUCUCACUCUCUCCCACCACUGGACAAGGUGUCGUCUGAAGACGGGUCGGACGACGACGACGAAGAUGUCGAAGAUGUCGAAGAAGAGAAGCAAGACUUCGCCAGUCAGCCGCAACAGCAGACACCGAGCACCGCAACUAGUCAGGCACUCCGGCGGGCUGAAAUCAGCUGGAGUGUCUCUCAACUCCGGGCUCUCUUCAACGGCAACUCUAGCGUCUCCAGCGGUACCAGCAUUCCGCCACCGUAUCGCUCUCCACCUGCUCACCAGCAACAACAGCAGACGAGACAACGAUCCGAAUCUACCGACAGUUACGGAGAGGAAUCUUACGUUUGACCAUCAAACUUGUAACAUUCCAUCAUCACUAGAAGACGAUGUGACUUCUUCAUCAACAUUUUUGUAUUCUUUUUCAACAGCGUGGGAGAUGAGAAAGACUUUCAACGUCCCACGCUUCACAAUCUUGACACUGUACACUUGGAAAAAAAAAAAAAAAAAAAAUGGGGGGGAAAAAAAACGAGAAAAGAAAAAAAAAAGAAAUAUUAAAAAAGAGAGAAUGGGAUGAAUUAAAGUUUAUCCUACUUCGUGUUUGAGAUUAGCCGCUUCACAUUUGCUCCAGAUCUACAAUAGUUUAAGUGCUGCAUAUAUACAUUAUACAUAUAUACAUAAAAGUACAUAUUACAUACCUACAUACACGCAUGCAUAUAUAAUUCUUUAAUGAUGUCAUUCUGCUCAACAUAACUCUUUAAGAAGAAAGAACCCCCCCCCCCCUCCACAUGCUUCCAAGCACCAGGUUUUUUUUUUGUGUGUGUGUGUGUGUGUGUGUACAUAUAGAACAGCUAUUUGGUUCAUCGGUCUCCCAACAGAAAAAAGAAAAAGAAAAUUAACUGCCUUUUUUUUUUUUUUUGUUUAAAGAAAAUGAUUUCAUGGGAAUAUCCCUAAUAUUAUUAUUACCGUUUUCUCCUCCCUCCUCUCCUUUUUUUUUUCUUUCUUUUGUAUUGAAUUUCAUAAUUUAAAAUAGCCACCAAGUUCGUGGAAUCUCGAGGUAGGAGAGCUUUUGUCCCUUGUUCGUGUGAAUUGAAAUGGCUGAAAAACAUGCAAAAGUGCACUUUAUUCUUGUACAAUACAUGUUCAACUUUUGUCAUUUGUGUAACUCUUUAAAUACACAAUCCUUAUUUCCAUUUUUAAAA